AUGUCUUCAGGACCAGAUCUAUAUCGUCAUGCCAAGAUUGGUGACUUUACCCAGACCCCUCCAACAUUCCACAAUCCUUACAUCGACGACCCUUUAUUGAGAAGGACUUUACGAAGACUCGUGUCCCAAAAACACCUUGAUCGUGUUUCGAAGGAUCUGAGUCAAUUUGGUGAUCGAAUAGUCGCUGAAAUAAAUCACUUAGGACGACGAUGUGAACUCAAUCAACCAAGGUUGGAACAGCAUGACGCUUGGGGACGAAGGGUGGAUGAGCUGAUAGUAUGCCCGGAAUGGAAUCGUUUAAAAGAGAUCUGCGCUGAAGAAGGUUUGAUUGCUAUUGGCUACGAUGAUAACAUCGAUUCUGUCACACGACGAGUUCAUCAGGUGCAUUUCUUUUCCUAUCCGUUAAUCUGCAUAUGA